AAAUAAUAAAAACUCCCACCACUGUUUUCAUCCCUUUUUUUUUUCCACACUUUCUUUAUAUAUCUUUUGAAAGUCAAGUUUUCUCUUUUUGGCAACCCAUACUCCUUAAACAAUAAAUAUUACCGUAAUAGGUUUUUUGGAUUUUUUUUUUACAAUAUUCUUUAUUUUUAUAAAUAUAUACACAUUUAUAUAAAGUAAAUAAGAAUGAAUCGCAAUCAAUUACCUACACAAGAAACCAUCAUCAAGAAUUGUGAUGUAGACGAAGUGGCAAACCAAGAAUCAGGAGAUGAGUCUGAUUCUAAACCUUCAAGACGUUCUGGAAGAAGAAAAAUUAAGAUUGAGUAUAUUGAAGAUAAAAACCGUAGACAUAUCACGUUUUCAAAGCGUAAGGCUGGUAUUAUGAAAAAGGCAUAUGAAUUAAGUACUUUGACAGGUACACAGGUUUUACUGUUAGUUGUUUCUGAAACAGGUUUAGUUUAUACCUUUACUACUGUUAAAUUACAACCUAUUGUUACUAAGCCUGAAGGAAAGAAUCUUAUUCAAGCUUGUCUAAACGCACCUGAUCCAACUCAGGAUGAACCGAAUGAAAAUGAUAUUGCUGCUGCGACCAGUAAUAGUAAUGAAAAUACCAAUACAAAUCAAUCUGUAAAAGAUAUGGAAAGAAAGUCCGGUUAUGAAGAUACAACUGUGGACUCUAUGUCUCAACCAUCUGUUAUUUCUCCCUCUCCUGCCAAUGCGGUAUCAACAACAAGCUACGGUCAUAAUAACAAUAAUACGACAAGCCCUUAUCAGCAACAACAGCAACAUCAUCAACAGCAACAUCAUCACCAACAACAACAACAACAACAACAACAACAACAACAGCAGCAGCAGCAGCAUCCUUAUGGUAGCAUUGUACCUACAAGUAAUACUUCUUCAAUUCCAAGUCUAGGAGGUGCUGGAAACUACAAUGGCCCUCCAAAUUAUUUAAAUCCUGCUUAUCGUUCUACUCAACCACAACUACCACAGCCACCGCAACCACCACAACCACCACAGGCACAUUAUGGUCAUCUUUCUGGGCCCAAUUAUUAUGGGAAUCAACAGCAACAUCCUCAUUACAUGCAACAACCCGGUCAAGGUUAUUGGCCCAAUAAUACUCCUACUAACCCUACAUUUAAACAAGAGGAUGAUAAAUCAAGAAUCAAUAAAAGUUAAAUUUAUUUUAUUAUUUUCACAGAUGAUUGGAUAAAUUUCUCUAUUAUCCAAGUUGUCUAUUAAAUAAAUUAAUUUUCAUUAUAGUGUUUUU